CAGAGUGGCAGCGCCGAGUGACGUGAGCUGAAUUAACUCCCACCUGCUUCCUCAAGUGCCUGGCACCGUCGGCCCCCUCCUCGCCGAACGCGCCUUUCACUCAUGUAGUUAGGAAAGUUAACUUUUCUAUUACCGCGCAUUUCACUUACCCAGCUACUUAAUUACCAUUGUCCCAGGGAAAUGUCAGUGUGACUCAGAGACGCUUUCCCAUUAGGAAGAGACAGAUGAAUAUUAAGUUGAGUUGCUGGUGGGUGGGCUGGCUUUCUCCCGGGAGACCCUGUCACCCUCCACGUCCCGGACCCAUGGAGGACCCUCUUACCCAGCUCAGUAGAUCUGUGACACUUUGCUCUGGGGCCAGGAGUAACUCGACCUCCCACCCGCAGCGAAGGGAAGGAACCUUAUUCCAAACGGCAUUUCCCUCUGCGUCCUUGGGAUUUGGUUAAUCUCUAACACAUCUCCCUUGUGUGCAAUUACCCUGUGCGGGGAGGUGAUUGCACCCCAGGCCGCUGGGUGCAUAUAUACUUAUAUACAUAUUCAUAUAAAAAUAAUGGCUUUGGUGUAGAAAUGCUCCACCCCACCGUGUCUGCGGUGCCCGCACGGCCAUCAGUCACAGCAGCGAGGGUUAAACUUCCCGAAGGCUGCCCACAGCCCCUCGCCCAGGGUCUUGUGGUCAUUUGCAGGUGCGUUUUGUUCUUCUCAGCUUUGUUCUGUGUCUGCACGGCCCAGCACACCCCGACACAGCGAGGCGGGGCCGUGGCCGCUCUCUGUCCCUGCGGGGCCUGAGCUCCAUCCCCCCUCGCUGCAGCCCCAGGGAUGGAGGGAUGGGUUCCUCUGUUGGCCCUGAAGGGGAUGCAGGGCUCUGCUCUCGCCCCCCACCCCAUGCCCGUCUCCCUUGGUCCCUCCGUGUUGGCACAGCCCCACCCGGAUGAGUUAAAAUCCCCCGCCAAAUAAAGCCGUGGUGUCCCGCCUGCUUUUCAAGGAGCAGGGGGAUGCCGACGGACCUGACCACCACUCCUGAUGGAGGACCGCAGACACAGGCUGCCGUGGCUGCUGGGUGCCCAGCAGAGGGUCCCAGCGGUGUCGAUGGCUCCUAAUUCCCUCAGCAGUGCUGGGAGGGCUGAGCAAGGGGGCACCAGGUCCAGCAGCUGGUGUUCGAGCUGGGAGAACAGCAGGUUGCUGGGAAACAUCCCUCUUGAGCUCCGAUAAAAAUAGCUCCAUCUUCAAGGCAAGAGGACUGGCUGCACUGCCAGCGACGCAGGGGAUGCGUCUGCACCCACCGGGGUGUGGGGGCCGAGGCAGGAUGUCCUGUGGGGUCUGCACCUCGGACCCCCGUCCCACCCGUCUGUUGUGACAUGGUGCAGUGGGACGGUGGUGCAGGGGCUCAGAGGUUGCCUGUCAUUGCCCAAUGCUGUUCUCCUUUAUUCCCAAAUCAGACUUGGAAACAUGUGAGAACAGGAAUUAGGGCUGCAUGGGGAAAGUGGGGGUGUCUUUUCCCCCCCCAUCCAGCUCUCCUUGCCUCUUUGUCUUAUCUCCGUGUUUGCCCUCAUGAGGAGGGGGUUCAGGGGGAUGUGGAGCUGGGGGGAAGCCCAGUGGCUCUGAGCCCUGGAAUUGCAGAGGUUGGGGGGUGGUUCUGUGCAAAGGCUUUUUCACCCGACAGCAGCUAGGCUGGGUGGGUUGGGACAUCCCUCUCUCCCUUUCCAGCAGCUUUGGAUGGGCUCACUUCACUCCCCAGCAUCUCCACGAGGACGGUGCCUCUUCCCAGCCUGGGGAACAGGGUGAGAGGAGGUCAGGGCUUCACCUUUCCCUCUCCACCCUUCUUGGACAGGGUUUGAAUUUGGUGUUCAGGGGAUUCACACCCCCAGCAGCCAAACCCCUCUGGGACGCAGCUGUGUGAGAACACGGACAGAUCCCAUCCCAGUCCUCUGCCACUUCCCUUGUUUGGGGCACGCGUUUCUGCCCCGAGGACCGAGGCUGGGCACGACGGAAGCGUCCGAGUGAUGCAGCCGCAGCGGUGGGAUGUGCACCCCAUUCCCGGGGCUGCGGGGAGGCCUCGGCGGUGCGGGCGAGCCUGCUCGGGAGGUGGCGGGGAUGCUGCGGGGCUGAUUAUUCACAGCUUCCCUCGCCCCGAUUGGCUCUGCCGCCGCGCACAGCCGGGCCCCGCCGCAGGAGGAGACUCCGUGGCCAUAAAAGCGAGGUGAGAGGCAGCCGGCGGUGAGUCCGGUGGGCAACCCGGGCAGCACCGUGGGGCCACCUGCCAGUGUGGCCUCGCCACCGAUGACUGGCGCAGCCUGACGCCCGUGGAGGGACCGCCACCAGCCACGACCCGUCCUGACUUGGCGAAGCAGGUGCUCGACGGGACGGGGAGCAGCGGCAGGAAAUUUUUAGACGUGAGGAAAAGAGCUGCUGGAAGGUUGAUUGUUCUUCUUCACCAGAAAUAUGUGCAGGAUCCAAGCCUGUGGAGUUGGACCUGUGUGGGAGGAGGGAUCUGCUCAGAUUGGAGGCCAAAGGCUCCAUCACGGCUCUCGAAGGUCUGGAGGAUGGCAGUCGUGGUCUGCAGGCAGCGUCUGCAGGACAAGAUGGCACGGUGGGCACUUGCACUGGCACUCUGCCUGUCCCUGUCUGCGGUGGCAUCUGCCGACUGUGUCACCCAGUGCUCCCUCUGUGCAGCCCAGACCCGUGGUGCCGAGAGCAGCGUCCAGCCCCUGAUGUGCCUGUGGGAAUGCCAGGGCUCCUUGUCACCCGGCCCCGAGUGGGAGAGGUGCAGGAAGGCACUGGUGCUUCUGGCCCCGCUGGUGGCCCUGGCCGAAGGGACAGAGCCACAGGAGGCAGAGGAGGAUGAGCCAGAGCCAGAGCAGGGUCUGGGCCCCGCAGAGCUGCUGCCACCGCCGGCCAAGCGCUACGGGGGCUUCAUGAAGAUGAUGUCCAAGGCGAAGCUGCUGUCCCUGCUCCGCGAGAACGCUCACAGCAAGGGCGGCCUCAGCAAGAAGUUCGGGGGCUUCAGCCACAAGCCGGGGGAGCGAGCGGCCCCCGAGGACUACCCGGGGCCGGCAGGGGACGGGGACGAGGAGCCCACGGGGGCCGGGGCCGAGGGCCAGGAGCUGGCACAGCUGCACAAGCGCUACGGGGGCUUCAUGCGGCGCAUCCGCCCCAAGCUCAAGUGGGACAAUCAGAAGCGCUACGGGGGCUUCCUGCGGAGGCAGUUCAAGGUGAUCACACGCUCGGACGAGGACCCCAGCGCCUACUCAGGGGAGGUGUCAGACCUAUAGAGCCAGGCGUGGGACAGCAGCACCACGGUCCCCACAUUGCCACCCUGACUGUGCCAUCGCCCCCAGCCCUGGCCCCUGCCCAGCCCGGUGUGGCUGGUGUCACCCUUGCCCCAUUCCCCCAGGGGACAGUGAGUUCCAUCCCCAGUUAUCCCUCUCUGGUUCACCUGCCCAUCCUGUGCACGGAGGGGACAGUGCCACUCCUCCAGCUGCUGGUGGUGUGGCUGUGGCCCAGCCCAGGGUUCCCGGGAGUGUAUUGCUGGGGACACACAUCCUCCAUCCUCCCGUGGCUGCCAGAACACAGCAGGGCCUGGAAACCAUCCCAGCUGAGGUACAGGGCGGUGGCUCCGAGCACUGGGAAGGAUGAGCCAGGGCAGGAUCAGGGAGGUGGCUGCCAUGGCCAGGGGCAGAGGUGGCUGGUGGAACCACAGCACCAUCACCAGGUGCUCAAGUGGUGCUGAGCCCAGCCCCCACUUCCCUCUCUGAGCCUCUUAGUGUCCCUCCCACUUAUCCCAGCCCCUCUGGUGCCCCUGGGCUCCCCCUCCAAGAACAACUCUAGAGGCAGGUCAGCUCCAUGCCCCAACACCCAAGCCCCCACCGCAGUCAAUAAAAGGCAGAUGCCAACGAAGCUGAA